ACGUGAAUAAACUAAAUCCCAUGCGCGCGGGAUGACAUGUCGAAGUGCCGCGGGAAAUAGCAACGAAACGAGCGGUGAUCAGUGUGUGUACGAUGGACAAUGCGUGCUUCGCGUGGUCGGUGGUCGCCGCUCUACAUCCGGCUGAAAGAAAUGCUGAUCGGGAAUCGUCGUAUCCGCAUUAUACAACAGUGCUAAAUCUUGCGGGCAUCGAGUUUCCGAUGAAUUUAAAAGACAUUCAAAAAUUCGAACGAUUGAACGCGGUGUCGAUCAACGUAUAUGGCAUCGAAAAUAAACAGAUCCUUCCUCUACGGCUCACCAGCGAUAAAAAGGAGAAACACGUCAACGUGCUGUAUCUACAAGAUCCACGCGACGACAGUCUUGGCCACUUUGCUUCGAUAAAAAAUCUAUCCCGUCUCGUGAGCUCGCAACUCAACAGAAAAAAGAACAAGAAAUUUUUCUGCGAUCGAUGCUUGCAUUACUUCAGUACGAGCGAAAAAUUAGAGUUACACGCAAUGGACUGCAGAAAAAUGAACGAUUGCGCCAUCAGACUGCCGAGCGAGGACGAUAAAUGGCUCGAAUUCGGCAACCACUGCAAUAAGGAGCGCAUUCCAUUCAUCGUCUACGCCGACUUGGAGUGUGUUCUACGCAAGAUGAAACCCAACAGGGAAGAUGCGUCGUCAUAUACAUAUCAACAGCACGAGAUAUGUAGUAUAGGCUACUACGUACGUUGCUCGUACGAUGACGCGUUAUCGUCCUAUCGGUUCCGUCGCGAUGAAGACUAUUCUUACAAAUUUUUAAGUGCGAGCCUCGAUAAAUUGGCGUCGUAUCUCGAUAAAGAUAAAUUAAAAAUUGUACGUUCCGAAUUUUCAACACUAUCGAACGAAGAAUUUGAACUACUCACCCGAAAAGGCGUAUUUCCGUACGAGUACGUUGACUGCGUCGAAAAAUUGCAGGACACGCGCUUACCACCUCGCGAAUCAUUUUACAGUUCCUUGACGGGCGAUACCGUAUCCGAGAGCGAUUACGCUCACGCUGCGAACGUUUGGCAGCGAUUCUCUGUGCGAAAGCUCAGCGAAUAA